AUGGAAUUUAAUGAUUUUUCUAAACUAAUUUCAGAAGAAGAUGAAUUAGUUUAAAUAUCUAGAGCAUAAUUAGAAUAAUUAAUUCUAAAACAUUAGCUACCUGAAGUAGUUCCUGUUUAAAAAAAAUCCUGCAAAAAAAUUGUAAUAAAAUAAGCCGCCAAGAAAUAAAAACCAUAUUAAUUUGCAGAUGUUCAUUAUUGGACAAUAACAUAAUUUGAUUGGGAUGGAAAAGUAUUAGAAGCAUUAAAAGGAGGAUUUGGAAAAGAAUAAUUUAAAGCAAAUUAAAAAGCAAUAAUAAAUUGUGUUUUAGCAGGAAAAGAUGUUUUUGUUUGUAUGCCUACAGGAUAUGGUAAAAGUAUAACAUUUUAAAUACCAGCAUUUGUAGAAAAUGGUAUAUUAUAAAAUGAUAUUUAGGUGUAUAGAUAGUAGUAAUGCCAUUGAUUUCAUUGAUAUUUGAUUAAGUAUAAUAUUUAACAAGUCUUGGUAUACCAACACUAAAUAUGAGUGGUUCAAAUAAAUUAUUAACAGCUUAAUAAAUUUUGGACUAAAAAAUAAAGUUAAUUUAUACUACUCCUGGUAUAAUUAUUUAAAAUAUAUAAAAUAGAAAAAAUUGAAAAAUCAGAAUAAUUUAAAUAAAUAUUAUGUGAUCUAUUUAAUAGAAAAUUAAUAAAAAGAUUUGUAAUAGAUGAAGCACAUUGUGUAAGUAAAUGGGGAAGAGAUUUUAGACCAGAUUAUUUAAAAUUAAGUAACGUUAGAAAUGAAUAUCCAAAUAUUCCAAUUAUUGCAUUAACUGCUACAGCACCAGAAGAAGUUAAAGAAGAUAUUAUAGAAGUAUUGUAAAUUAAAGGCUGUUUAUAUUUAUAAUCUUCAUUUAAUAGACCUAAUUUAAUAUAUGAAGUAAGAUUAAGAGAAGAAUUUAAAAAAGCUGUCUAAGAAAUUAAAGAAUUUAUUAAUUCAACAUAUCCAAAAUAAUCUGGAAUUAUAUAUUGUUUAACUCAAUCUGAAUGUUAAACUUUAUCAUAAAAUCUUAAUUAUCAUGGUUUAGGAUCAGACUUUUAUCAUGCUGGUCUUACUGAAAAAGAAAGACAUAGAAUUCAUAAAAAUUGGUUAAUGAAUGAAGUACAAGUAAUUGUUGCAACUGUAGCUUUUGGUAUGGGAAUUGAUAAAAAAGAUUGUAGAUAUGUAAUACACUUUUAAAUGCCAAAAUCAAUUGAAAAUUAUUAUUAAGAGAGUGGUAGAGCAGGAAGAGAUGGAAAAUAAGCACAUUGUCUAUUAUUUUAUAAUAAUUCUGACUAUAAAACUAAUUUAGUAAUUUUAUAUAUAUUAUUUAUUUAUAGUAUCUAAUGGAUUAAAAUACAGAAAUAACAGCUUAAAUUAAAAAAUAUAAUGUUAAAAAAUUAGAUUAAAUGUAAUAAUUCUGUUAUGAUCGAAUUUCAUGUAGAAGAGUCUUAUAAUUAUCAUAUUUAGGUGAAAAUUUUGAUCCAACUUUAUGUAAUAAAAAAUGUGAUAAUUGUCAAAGGGAUGAUGAAAAUGCUGAAAAAAUUAAUUUAACAAAUGAAGCACUCAAAAUUCUUGAUUGUUUAGAAAAAUAUCCAUUAACAGAAAAUUAAUUAAUUUAGUGUUUAAAAGGAUCUCAAGACAAAAAAAAAGCUCUUAAUUCAUAAAAAAAUAUUGAAUAGAUUUUUGGAUUAUUUAAACAAAAUCCUCGUUAUAUUAAUCCUUUAUUAGAUUAAUUAAGAGCUUAAAAUGCUUUAAGUCAAAAAGUAUAAUGUUACAAUCUCAAAGGUAAUUUUAAAAAUAAAGUUGUUUAUUUAACUCCUAAUACUUAAACAUCUAUUAAAAGUGUCAUAGUAACCAUUCCCAAAGAAAAAGAAAAAAAAUCAUCAGUUUUAGAUUAAAAAACAAAUGAUCUUUUUAAAAAGUAUUUAUCGAAAGAAAAUAAUAAUUAAAAUAAUAAUGAAAUUAAUUUAUAAAUCAACCAAAAUUAUACUUUACAAGAUUUUACAUUUUAAAAUGGAAGUAGAAUUGAAACUGAAUAAAAAAAAUUAUACUACGAUAAACAAUAUGGUUAUUGUUUAGAAAGUUAAUUUAAUGAUUUAAGAGAAAGAUUAAUGUUAGUUCGUAAAAAUAUUUAUAAAGAAAUGACCAAUGAUGCAACAAAUUAAAUUAUUAAUAUUGAUUUAGUUUUAUCAACUGAUGAUAUUGAGGAAUUAUGUAAAAAGCUUCCUAUUUCUAUGAGUGAAUUAAAUGAUUCAUUUAUUUGCAUAGCUUAAGAAAUUAAAAAAUUAUAAUAUAUGAAACAUUUUAUAGAAGAAGUUGCACAUUUCGUAGAUAUUGAAGAAAUUAAUAAAUUAUUGUUUGAAAAGCGUAAAUAUAUUAAUUAUCUUAGCUAAAUAAAUUGAAACUCAAAUUGAUUAAGUUUUUGAAUUUUAAAAACAUAUAAGACAAGAAGAUGAUGUUGUUGAUAUUACAAACUAAGAAAUUAUUGGUAAAUCAUUCAUUUAAAAUUUUAGCUAAAUAAAAAGUGAUAGAAGAGCUAUUAAUUGAUGGCUAUGAACAUGAUGAUUUUAUAGAUGGAGUAUAAAAUUCCUUAAUUUUAGUUAUUAAACUUAGAAAAUGAAGAUUAUAAGAGGAAAUCACCUGAUAUUGUUAUCAUAGAUGAUGACAAUAUUUAAGAUUAUAAAAAACCACAACCCUUAUAAAAUUUUGAGCCUAUUCAAUAAAAGCAAUUUUAAUAAGAUAAACAUACUGAUAAAAUUGAAAAUAAUUAACCAUCCAGAAAGUUAAAAAUUAAUUUAAAAAGAUAAUUUUUGUGA